GCGGCGUAGACAAAGGCGGGCGCGCGCACGUCCUCACGCACGCCUCUCUGCCGGCGGCGGCGGCUUGGGCGGGAGGCAGCGUCCCGCGGAGGCGCCCGGCGGUCGCUUUGGCAGCAUGUAAGCACCUUUUUGCCAAGAGCCCAGGUCACCGCUGUGCAGGGGCCUUAGGGAGAAGACUGUCGAGAGGGAGCCAAUGCCAGACGCGACCGGCGUCUCGCUCGCCGCGGGCAGCAUGCGCCACUGUGUGCCAGCCUCUGCGUCCUGCUGGCUCAGACUGUAGCUCUCCAGAUACUCAAGUUCAAAAGCCUUCUGUGUGAAGUGCCAGCAGUCACGCCACCUCCUCAGAAGUGAUCAGGAUCUUUCUUCUUGGUACUUCUGGCACCGACAGACCUGCAGGACAGAUUUAGCUGCUAGAUGCUCUUGGACAGGAAAAACACACCUCUGGAAGCAGCAGCGGGCUAGCGGCACAGAGGCCCCUCGCUCGCACGGACGCUCAGCCUGGCCUCGCAUGCAUCUCCCUGCCUUGGUCACCUCCUCGGCCCGUCUGUUCGGGGGAGACCCGGCACUCCCAGGCUGCCUCCUGCGGCCCUUCCCUGCUGUCGCUCCCCGCCCCCGCCGUCUGCCCGGGCCGGCGAGCCAUGUGAGCCGUGGAAUGGAGUGUGCCCCCCGCCAGGGACGUGCUCGCUGUCGCCGGCCGGCGCUGUCGGGAAGGACCCUCUGAAACCUGUGCUGUGUGCGUGGUGGGGCGCCAGCCUUGCGGGGCCUCCACCAUGCUCCUGCUGCUGCCUUUUGAUAGCCUGAUCGUCAGCCUGCUGGGCCUCUCCCUGACCGUCCUCUUCACCCUGCUGCUCGUGUUCAUCAUCGUCCCGGCCGUUUUUGGAGUCUCCUUUGGCAUCCGGAAGCUCUACAUGAAAACGCUGUUGAAAAUCUUCGCGUGGGCCACCUUGAGGAUGGAGCGAGGAGCCAAAGAGAAGAACCACCAGUUGUACAAGCCCUACACCAACGGAAUCAUUGCAAAAGACCCCACGUCGCUGGAGGAAGAGAUCAAGGAGAUCCGGCGGAGUGGCAGCAGCAAGGCCCUGGACAACACGCCGGAGUUUGAGCUCUCGGACAUUUUCUACUUCUGCCGCAAGGGGAUGGAGACCAUCAUGGACGAUGAGGUGACGAAGCGGUUCUCGGCGGAGGAGCUGGAGUCCUGGAACCUGCUGAGCAGGACCAACUACAACUUCCAGUACAUCAGCCUGCGGCUCACCGUGCUCUGGGGGCUCGGGGUGCUCGUCCGCUACUGCUUCCUCCUUCCGCUCAGGGUCGCCCUUGCUUUCACCGGGAUUGGCCUUCUGGUGGUGGGCACGACUCUUGUGGGAUACCUGCCAAACGGGUGGCUCAAGGAGUUCUUGAGUAAGCACGUGCACCUGAUGUGUUACCGGAUCUGCGUGCGCGCCCUCACAGCCAUCAUCACCUACCACGACAGGAAAAACAGACCACGAAACGGUGGCAUCUGUGUGGCCAAUCACACGUCUCCUAUCGAUGUGAUCAUUUUGGCCAGUGAUGGCUACUACGCCAUGGUGGGCCAGGUGCACGGUGGCCUCAUGGGCGUCAUUCAGAGAGCCAUGGUGAAGGCCUGCCCGCACGUCUGGUUUGAGCGCUCCGAAGUCAAAGACCGCCACCUGGUGGCCAAGAGGCUGACUGAACACGUGCAGGAUAAAAGCAAGCUGCCUAUCCUCAUUUUCCCGGAAGGGACCUGCAUCAAUAACACGUCGGUGAUGAUGUUCAAGAAGGGCAGCUUUGAAAUCGGAGCCACGGUCUACCCCGUCGCCAUCAAGUACGACCCUCAGUUCGGGGACGCCUUCUGGAACAGCAGCAAGUACGGGAUGGUGACCUACCUGCUCAGGAUGAUGACCAGCUGGGCCAUUGUGUGCAGCGUGUGGUACCUGCCGCCCAUGACCCGGGAGGCAGAUGAGGAUGCCGUCCAGUUUGCGAACAGGGUGAAGUCCGCCAUUGCCCGGCAGGGAGGCCUUGUGGACCUGCUAUGGGACGGCGGCCUGAAGAGGGAGAAGGUGAAGGACACCUUCAAGGAGGAGCAGCAGAAGCUGUAUAGCAAGAUGAUCGUGGGCAACCAGGAGGACAGGAGCCGCUCCUGAGAGCCGCAGCCGCCCAGCUCCCCUGCGGGGGCGCUGGGCCCCGGCCGCGCUGCGCACGCCUGACGACCAGUGCCGGGACAAAUGCCAUUAAAGUCAGCUCUCCACCUGCGCGUGUGGUGCGGCCGCGCGGGGGCGGGGCUGGGGCCGCCCCCACCCCAGCCUCAGCCCCGCCCCGCCCACGAGCGCCGAGGACGCCAUCAGAACACUGGGGGCCGCGGGGGCUCUCGCCCUGUGCCGCUGUGGGCGGACGGAGGGCCCCGCAGGACUGCGGGCCGGAGCCGUGCGUGCUCGGACUGCAGCCCACCUGGGCUGCCCGUGUGACCUGCCUCUGGCCAGUGUGCCUCGGUUUCCCCGCCUGCGCGCAGGCCCAGAGGGGGAGGGCGGUGAUACCUACCUCACAGGGUUGUUGUGGGGACGCUGGCGCGGCCGUGUCGGAGGCAGGUCUGUGGGGCGUGGGGGCGCGCUGAGGCCGGGCUGCCGCACGGGCCUGCCGAUCUGUUUUUAUCGGUCAAUAAAGUCGGAAGGCGAAUGAACUGAG